ACCCCGAACCCCAAGUCAGUGCUCAACCCACGGGGGUGAAGGAUUGGAACUGGAGGCUCCCGCUCCCUCGAGUCUCGACAGACGGUGGAUUAGUGAGGCAGAGACUGUGGUCGGGACAGGAUCGUCGGCCACACCUCUCCAAUCUGACGAUGGACAACCUUUCAUUUCGCGCGGACGAGAUGAACCUGGCGGACAUGGGCGGCGGGGGGGGGACCAACGGGGUGGGCGCCCAUGGCAAACGGAAGGCCGCCCACGACCCUGACAAGGUGAUCACCGUGCUGGGCUCCGGGGACUACGGUCGGGCCAUCUCUCGCCGCUUCGUCAGUGCCGGCUAUACGGUGCUCAUCGGCUCCAGGGACCCCAACAGGAGCAAGCUUAAGAACCUGGUGAGGCAGACUGGUGCCACGCUGAUGAGCCAGGAGGCGGCCAUCAAAGAGGCGGGGGUGGUGGUGGUGGCCGUGGGGCGCGACCACUACGACCACCUGCCGCUGUCACUCCUCCAGGGCAAGAUCCUCAUCGACGUCUCCAACAACACCGAGCGACGCAAGGGCCCGCACAGCUACCGGAGCAAUGCAGAAUACCUGCAGGGCCUGGUGCAGGAGGCCAAGGUGGUCAAAGGGUUCAACGUGCUCUCCGCCUACGCCCUCGAGAACGGCGGCCUCCAGGGCAGCAAGGAGGUGUUGCUGGCGGGAGACCACACGGACGCCAAGCAGAAGGUGUCGGACAUGGUGCGGGCGAUGGGCUUCCACCCCGUGGAUUGGGGCAACCUGCCCGCCGCGCGAGACAUUGAGGACGUGCCGCUCCGUCUCAUGCCCUCCUGGAAGCGCCCCGUGGCAGUCGUGUUCGGCAUCUUCGUGUUCCUCUGGAUUCUCGCGUUCUUCUCGUUCCAGAUCUGCCAUAACAUGGCCUCUGGUAAUUGGGAAGAGCAGUGGAAACACAUCCCAAUGAGGAAUUUCAACCGUGUCAUUGCCAUAACAGCCCUCUGGACACUUGCUUUCUGCUACAUCCCAGGUUUGAUCGCGGCCUACGUCCAGCUGUGGCGAGGCACCAAGUACAGCCGCUUCCCCAAGUGGCUGGACAACUGGCUCAAGAUGAGGAAGCAGCUGGGUCUCAUCAUGCUGGGCUUGGCAGGCUUGCAUGCGUGCAUCUCUGUGGCGUACAUCACCCCCCAGACCACGGCUUGGGUGUACGAGGAGCCCACCAAGAUUCAGGCCAGCGUGGUGCUCAACGCCGACAACACCACCACUGAAACCAUCACCAUCUACAACUCUGAAUUCAACUGGAGAGGAGAAUUGUUCCUCGUUUUAGGAGCCAUAGCCACCUGCCUCCUAGUGGUGCUGGGCAUAUCCUCGCUCCCCUCCGUCACAGCCACUCUCUCCUGGAGGGAAUUUACGUUCAUCCAGAGCAGGCUUGGGUGGGUGGCUCUCAUCGCUGCCGCCAGCCACGACGUCUUCUUGGCCUGGCACUACAUGUUCCUCUACUGGGGGUGCUUCAGGACCCUCCCCAUUGGACCACAGUACGCUUUGUAUCCCCCGUUCAUCGCAGUCAUCAUGAAGCUGCCGCUCCUCCUGCCGCCAGUGGACAAAUACCUGCAGAAGAUCCGGCGCGGCUACGAGCGCGGCACUCACGAUGAGACUGAGAAGGCCAACUUGCCAUGAACACAAAACCACAUGCUUCUGUUCAAGCGCUGAUACAACCAUUGCAUUUCUUAAUGUUUUAGUGGUUCUAUUCAAAUACAGAGAAGAAUGGUACUGUCCAUUCUGUUUUGAUGCAGUGAAAACGCAGUAUGGUCAGUCCUACGGUUUUAAGUUUCAGCCAAUAUUUUCAAUCAUUAUGACCUUUUUGUUAUAUGUACAUUUGUCUGUCUUUCUUUUAUUAAGAUAAACCUCCUUUGGGUCUGGGCCCUUAGAGCUCUGACUUGGGGUCAUCUACAGGGUUUUCUGGCAUCCACAAUACAUUAUGUCAAUACUAAAUUUGUGUCAGAGUAAAUCUGAGAUUCUAACCACCACACAAAGCAUAAGUUAAUAAAUCACUGUUUCAUGUAGUAUAAUCAUGCUUCAUAUUGUCUACCUAAAGACACACCAUAACAGCAAUCCAUUCAUGGCUAAGAUUUACCUAAUAAAGUUCCAUUAUAGAGAAUGUGAAUUUAGUCAAUAAGAAUGGGAUGUUCAUACCCUGUCAAUGGCUAAUGCCAAGCCACUCAGCAAGAUAAGAGGCUUUACUUCAAGUGUUGACAAUGUUGGGGAACAUCAGUGAUGGGCAUUCUCUGCAAUUACAGCCAAGCUGUCCACUGUAAUACUCUAGACUAAGGACACUGAGAAGCCUCAAGUCUUCCAUAUUAUGAUAAUGGGCCUGAAAAUGUAGGUUAAAGUAAAUCAAGCUAUGUAUACUUUAUCAAAAACCCUGCCCUGACCAUUGGGAUAUUUAAUUUCAGUAUAUCACAAGGUAACAAUUACUGCUAAGAGUUUUUUAAACAUGUGAAAAGUUUUCAUUGAAAGUGUACUUUAAUGAACUGUGAUAUGAUGAAAAAUUUCAAUGGCCUGUACCAAGCAGCCUUCUUCAGCAAGCCACAUACAAAAAUGGUUGGUUACCUUAAUUCACUUCAGCUCUCUUAAGAUACUCUUGAUAGCCUCCUAGUCUAUAAUUAUAGCUUUGUAGUUCUUUGUUACUGGUUCAACUUAUUUUACCAACUCACUGUUUACUAAGCUUGUUUAUCAUUAGUCAUUUAGACAAUACAUUUUCCAUACUUGAAUGUAUGUUAUGAUGUCAUUAUCUGAAUCAUGGCACAUGCGUGUAAUGAACGAUUUGUAAAUAUAUUUUUAUGACGAACAA